AUGUCUAACGAAGGCAUAUUACCCAGUAAGUUGAAAAAACAUUUUACAACUAAACACUCACAUCUUCAAUGUAAAGAUCUGAAUUAUUUCCAAAGACUGCUAGAACAGCAAUCUAAACAAAGAAACUAUUUUGAAAGAAGAAUGAAUGCUUCUGAAAAGGUUCAAGUCGCGUCUAUUGAGGUGGCCGAAACGAUUGAACUAAAAACGAAAUCGCAUACCGAGUCGAUUAUCUUACCCGCUUGUAGAAAGAUAGUUAAAACCAUGUUAGGUGAUGAAGCCGAGCAAGAAAUAAACAAGAUUCCACUCUCAAAUAAUAUAAUCCAUAGGAAAAUUAUGGAUUUAUCUGCUGAUAUAGAGGAACAUGUACAGAACAAACUUCAGAACUCAAAAUUUGCUCUACAGGUUGAUGAGUCGACUGACAUUAGCAACAAAACACAAUUACUUACAUUUAUUCGCUUUAUUGAUGGUAACCAAAUCACACAUCAGUUCUUUUGUUGCGAAGAAAUGCCAUCACUACAAGAGGUCAAGAUAUUUUUGACAUUUUAUCUGCCUACCCAGAAAAGAUGA